AUGUCGUUCACAAUGGAAGAAGGGGGUUUUGGGGUGGGGGAUUACGUAGCAUUUGGGGUACUCUGCGCAGCAUCAUGUGCUGGAGGAAUUUGGUAUAGCGCUAUUGGCUCCAGGAGUAAAGCUUUGGUGGACCUUAAGGAUUACUUACUUGGAGGAAAGGCGAUGUCGACUUUCCCUGUUGCUAUGUCAUUGAUUGCCAGCUAUGUUUCCGGUGUGACAAUCCUCGGAACGCCGGCAGAAAUUUACAACUACGGCACACAAUAUUGGUUGGUAAUCGUGGGGGUCACACUCAGCUGCGUCGUGGUAGCUACCGUGUAUUUACCUGUGUUCUGUACGCUAAGGCUAUCCUCUUCAUAUGAGUAUUUAGAACUUCGAUUCAACCGACACGUUAGAGCGGUAGCAUCGAUACUGUUUCUUUUGGAUGAGGUAUUGUUCCUGCCUAUGGUUGUCUACGUUCCUGCACUAGCAUUUAAUCAAUUAACGGGUUUCAAUGUGUUUGCUGUGGCUGGUGCGAUGGUUGUAAUAUGUGGCCUCUAUACAGUAUUAGGCGGACUUCGCGCGGUUGUAUGGACGGACUCGGUGCAGACGGGUGUGAUGUUCAUAGGAGUGGUGCUGGUCGCGGUGGCCGGUACGCUUGCUGUUGGAGGCGUCAGUGACGUGCUGAGUAUAGCAAGGGAAUCUGGAAGACUUGACUUGUCUAAUUGGGACUUUUCUCCCUACGUGCGCCAGACAGGGUGGGGCGCCGUGGUCGGUGGACUCCUGUACUGGACUUGCUUCAACUCCGUCAAUCAAACCAUGGUGCAGCGUUACAUCGCUCUUCCUAACAAACGAAGAGCUAUCAUAGCGCUGAGUAUCUUCUGCGUGGGCGCGAUCCUCGCGAUCUCGCUGUGCGUGUGGUGCGGGCUGGCGGCGUGGGGCGCGUGGGUGCGCGGCGGCUGCGAGCCGGCGGGCGUGCCGCUCGUGGACGACCGCCUGCUGCCCGCCUUCGUCACCUACGUGGCCGCCCAGCAGCACCUGCCCGGCCUCGCUGGCGUCUUCCUCGCGGGGGUCUUCGGCGCUGGACUCAGUUCCCUAUCAGCGGUGUUGAACGCGUGCGCGCUGGUGGCGGUGGAGGACCUGCUGCACGGCUGGUUGCGGCUGCGGCUGCGGCCGCUGGCUGAGGGGCUGCUGGCGCGCUGCGUCACUGCGGCGCUCGCGGUCAUAUCUGUGCUGAUGCUGGUCGUUAUUGAGAAACUGGGCGGUGUUCUUGGCGUGGCGACGGCGUUGUCAGCGAUCGCGGCGAGCGCCACGUGCGGCAUCUUCACGCUGGGCAUGGCGUGCUGGUGGGUGGGGCCGCGCGGCGCGCUGGCGGGCGGCGCGGCCGGCGCGCUGCUGGCGGGCGCCGUGUCGCUGGGCACGCAGGCCGCCGCCGCCGCCGGCCUGCGCGCGCCGCCGCUGCCCGCGCCCGCGCACUGCGCGCUCAACACCACCCUCGCCGCGCCCGGCACCGAGCUGGACCCAGAAACAAUAUUCCCUCUGUUCCGGAUAUCAUACCACUGGAUUGCACCUCUCGGUCUUUUGGCGACUCUCACUGUUGGUGCUAUUGUCGGUUACUUCUUCGAUGAGAGAGACAGCUCUAAGAUGGACGCGGAAUUGUUCACGCCUGUAAUCUGGAGACUUUUGCCAAAAGAAGCCCACGAGAAUGCAGGGUUGACAAGGAGAGCCCUCAAUACAAAAAACGUGGAAUCACCAACUCCGUCUGCGCCUCUAAUCCUUGAACGGAUUCCCGAUAAGGUAGGUAAGCCGAACUAUAUUGUUCUUCUCUUUUUUCUUCUUUGAAAUUUAAAAUCCUGCCUUUUUUUACAACUUCGAUAAUUAUCAGUAAAAUUAAAAAUGAAAAAUAACCUCUACGCAAUAAUUUCAUUUUAUGCCAAAAUGCCUCAUAUCAUUUCGAAAAAGAUCAUAUAAUCUUUAAACUGUUUUUUCGAUUUUUACCAAACAUUGCUACGAAUCAUAAGGAAUUUUACGUGAAAAAACCGCAUCGAAAUCGGUCUAUCAGUUCGAGAGCUACGAUGCCACAAACAGACACAUAAACUGACAUUGGCGUAAAACAAGUUUUAGAUUGAUUAUAAAACCAACCUUUGUUUGCAUCGGGGGUUAAAAACUUUUAAAUAAAAUCACUAAUACUUAGUACUUAAUACUAGUAAUACAAAAGGUAAUAUUGUGAUUUCUAAAUUUGACAACGACAUUACAAAUAAAGUACAAAAUAAGUACAUUAUUUCAAAAAGUUCUUUUUAAAAAAAAUAUCUAUUGAAA